AUGGAUAAAUUUCUUGAUACAACUGAUAUUCGAUCAACAUAUGAGCAUGCAUCGCAUCAUCAGGCUUCUCUAACACGUGGACCUGUUAUGGGUGAAUUCCAAACCAAUUCCACCGGAGAGAAAGCAGAAAUUUCCACUGAACUAUCAUACAUGGGUUCAACUACUCAGAUGACUCCAAUGGAACAAGUGAUGGCAAGAAGCGAAGCAAGCCAAUUUCUCUCGGGGUCGUCCAUGGUUAUGAGUGCCUCUCAGUUGGCUAGAUACACCAACAUGCAUCCUAAUGGGGUUUAUGAAACUCUUGGAGAUUUGAUGUUCCCCAGAACGGCAUCGGCUGGUACAUCCAAUCCUGCGGUCCAAGGGGAUAGCACAAGAGACGAAUUGCGAUCUGUCGCUCAGAAUACAAAUGCAUUUCACCCGUCUGCGCAAGAAUUGACCUUUUCACAAAUGAAUGUCAGCAGUCAUUAUCUUCAAAAUCCGAACCCCCAGCUUCCCGAAUAUCCCACUAAUGCGGAGGAAAUGCAACGACCGCAACAGUCAUACCAGCAUAUGUAUGAGUCUUCCCAAUUGGAGGAACAAGGCAGUGUUUUCUCUUCAGCCGGAAGUACUGCGCUCAGCCACAAUGAUUCACCACAUUCGAAAUCGGAGCUAAGCACAGUUCUUCAACCGUACUCAGGAAUACCAAAACCGAGUGGAUUCUCCGAAAUCUGUCGACAUGCUUACAGCCAAGAUGUGCCAGGUCAUUCCACUCAACAGCAAACUUUGCAAGCAUUCCUUUUCCCCUCUGUGACUGAUGGCACGCCCUCAGGAGGUCAUCUAUAUCAGCAAAUGUCCCAAAUUUGUCAUCAAGUUCCAUCAGGCCAAUUUAACUAUGGAGAAACAGGCUGUGAAAAAGUACCUACAACGUGUUCUGCCUCUGCUCCAAUUAUUUCAGUGACCAAUCAGAAUCAACCGAGUAUGAGGAUGGCUUCAAAUGACUUCUUCCAACUUAAUGGAUCCCCUCGAAAAGGCAAGUCAUAA